AUGUUCGGCCUCACCGAGAGGAACUUCAUCACCAAUGCAAACCGGAGGUCUUCAGCCAGGCAUUUUUCCUCCACGUCCGAGAAGAUGAAUCCAAGUUCCCCAUUAAUCAUCUCUGGUUCUCUCAUCGUGAUGGGUGUGUUCGCCGUCCUCAUUUUCCCCUCUCUCUCACUCGGAUUCACGACCUCCGAAUAUGAUCUGUACCUCUGCUUCCCAUUAAAUCUCACCGUAUGCUCGCCGGUAAGCCCUGCUGGCGCUGGUUGCACCGACAAGGCAGGGUCCAUGGUGGAAAUCCCCACCUCGAACCCUAGAUCUAGGAUUUUUGGGCUUUUCUCUCACUUCCGUCUAUUUUCGCCACAGAGCGUUUUUUCCUUAUCAGUUUCUACUCAAUCAAAUUUCCAAAUUGCAAAGCCCAACUGUGCGGAUCAUUGUGGAAAUAUAAGUAUUCCCUUCCCUUUCGGCACGAGGGAAGGCUGUUACUAUAACGAAACAUUCUUAGUCACUUGUAAUGACACCCACUAUGAUCCUCCCAAACCAUUCUUGGGAGACUCAAACAUAGAUAUCACAAGCAUAUCCCUAGAGGGCCAAAUGCGUGUCAUGCUAUUCAUAGCAAAAGAUUGUUAUUCUCGGGAUGGCACCAGAGUGUCAAAUAAUGAACCCAGUAUAACAAUGCCCGAUGGAUUCACGGUCAGUAAUACUGCCAAUAAGUUCUUUGUCAUUGGCUGUGAUACUUACGCUUUUGUAUUUGGGAGCCGGGAAAACCGAACUUAUGAGACAGGGUGCACUUCUGUGUGUACCAGCAAAGAUGAUCUGGUGUAUGGCUCGUGUUCCGGUGUAGGAUGUUGCCAGACGAGUAUCCCAAAAGGGGUGUGGGAUGUUCAGGUGACGUUAAUGAGCUAUCAUAAUUUCACUGAAAGCUAUGAUAAUAAUUUGACAACUGUGUGGGACUUCAAUAACUGCAGCUAUGGUUUUCUAGCUGAAGAAAGGGCAUUCACUUUCUCCGCAAGUAAUCUUUCCAACCUGAGGAAUGUGAAAGAGCUUCCAAUGGUGGUUGACUGGGCAGUUGGAGAAGAAACUUGUGAGGAGGCUCGAAAUAACAUUUCUAGUUAUGCAUGUAAAAGUGAGAAGUCCGAGUGUUAUGAACCCGAUAAUGGUUAUGGGUAUCGUUGCCAUUGCCAGAAAGGUUUUGAAGGUAAUCCAUACCUCGAUGAUGGCUGUAAAGGUAUGGCUAUAUUAUCUUAA